UGAGGGGGAGCACCAGCAGACAUCCCUCUCUCUGUUUACAACACCACCCCAAGCCAGGAAAGGAAUGGAAAUGAAUAAAGGAAAGAUAAAGAGCUGUGCACACCAAGAGAUAAGAUAGGAUUGACACAUAGAAGCAGAAGCGUCUGACGCGUUUCGCACAGAGCUCUAAGUCCAGACGCAGACGCCAGCCUCGCUCUAAAGCAGCAAGAAGCGUCAGUUUCUCAGAUGCCGACACUUCACAUGAGGAUGAACAGGGGAGUCCAUUGGAACCGAACCCCGUCACAAGAAGAGGGACAACACCACAAGCCCCACCUCGGGAGACACCGAUGUCAAAAAACUGGACGGCCGCACCAAAAAGAAAAACCGUAACUACAGACGAGCAGGCCGUCGCCAUAGGAAACAAGCGUUAUCCCCUGAGGUCUCUUCUAACUCCCAGGUGAGCCCGGUUGUAAACCUGUCUGCGUGUAUCUUAUCCCAGGCUCAAAUUAACCUCCUCAGCAAAGGACUGAAUUUUGUCCCCACAUGUAACUUUAACCUAUUUAACACUUUGCUAGAUGUUAACAAACUGGCCAGAAGUCUUACUCUGCAUCGACACUUUUUUUGAAUUAGAGGGUGUUGAUGCGGAGAGAGACUCAGAUACAUUGUUUAAUUCUAGAGGGCAUGUAGAACCAAUUUGUACCAACUUUACGGAUCAAACAGUAAUGCUACAUUUAAAUUGUUUAUAUUCAGAAAAUGCCAGUGUUGAUGAUUCAUCGAUCCGUCCUCUCUAUUCCUCCAACCCUGGGUUUUAUCCUGUGGCCUCCCGUUCGGAGGCCCUGGAUAAAUUUCAGGAGUUGGUGGAAAGAGAUUUAGUUGAAUUGCAUAACAAGGUAUCAGUUACUAGGGGUUACAGCAACCUGGACAGAAGCGAAAAAAUAGCCAUGAAAGAACUAGAGGCUAAUCCUUACAUAGUGGUGCGUAACUCAGACAAAGGGGGCAACAUUACAGUCCUAGAUUCGGGAUUAUAUAAGACCCUAAAUAAUGAUAUAUUGGCAGACAGGAACACAUACUGCAAAUUGAAAGGAGAUCCCACCAGAGCCUUUCAAGAUGCUCUCAAGAAGGUACUAAAAGAGGGAGUAGAACUAGGGGCCAUAGACAAAAAGCUGGAGGAAUCUUUAUUUGUUACCAGUCCAGUCAUCCCGGUGUUCCACUCACUCCCCAAACUCCACAAGGGGCUCUUUCCACCUCCCCUCAGGCCCAUUGUGGCUGGCAUUGGAUCCCUUGUGGAGCGAUUGGGGGAGUGGGUGGACCAUCAUUUACAACCAUUGACUACCAUCACACCAACCUUCCUACAAGACACGAAACAUACUAUCAAUAUCCUCAGUAAAAUCAAAUGGGAAAGCUCAUAUUCAUGGGUAACUUGUGAUGUUAUAGGAUUGUAUCCUUCAAUUCCACGUGAUAAGGGUUUAGAAGCUCUGUCAAUACAUUUGGACAGAUUUAGUAACUACUCCCCUGGUCUGAAGGAAUUCCUCGUUAUAGCCACGGAUUUUCUUUUGCAACAUAAUUUUUUCAUGUUUGAUAAUGAGUUCUUCCUUCAGACCAGGGGAGCAUCGAUGGGGGCCAAAAACUCGCCCUCGUUCCCCAAUAUAUACAUGUUCCAUUGGGAACAAAUGUAUGUUUUUAAUGCGGACAACCCCUUUAAGGAGGACAUCAAGUGGAUCGGUCGAUUUAUCGACGAUCUUCUGAUUAUAUGGGAAAGCACAGAAAACCGUUUCCAGAAUUUCAUCAAGUACAUCACUAACAACAACCUGAAUUUGGGCUUUACCUAUCACUUUGGAGGAACAGAGGUCAAUUUCCUAGACAUUAGGGUUUCAGGCAAUGCACAGGUUAUCGACAUCUUUCCUUACAGGAAAGAGACGGCCACCAACUCUGUGUUGAUGGCUACAUCAUGCCAUCCUAAACAUGUGCUAAAUAACAUACCCUUUGGUGAGAUGUGCCGCAUCAAAAGAAAUUGUACCAAUCCGAUUGCACUGCACACUGCAACUGAAGAGCUAACAUGUAGGUUUAAAAACAGGGGGUAUUCAGAAGCAGUACUAAAAACAGCUAGGGUCAAAGUGGAUGCUAUAGACAGGGAGGACCUAUUAAGGUACUCAAGAAGGCAGAUUAACCAACCAACGGACCCACCCACCUUACAAAUAAAUGCAAGCAGUAGUGCAGAUUCAGUUAUCAUGACCAACAAAGAGAAAAUUAAAAGAGGAAAGGCAAAUAUAAAAAGGAACAAAAAACUGUUCCUUGUCACACCAUAUAGUGUACAAUUCAAUAAAAUCAGACAAAUCAUCUUAAAAUACAUACCAAUACUUGAAACAGAUAACAUCUUGAGAGAAAUUGUUGCAGGGGGCAUAUCUACAGUGUCUAAAAGAGGACCAAAGAUAGGAUCCACUAUAUCUCCCAGUCUUUUUCAAAGUACGCCCACAUUAAACCGUACUUGGUUACAUGAAGCUGGAAAUUGGAGGUGUGGCCACAACAGAUACCUUACCUGUGGAUAUAUGCAAGUGUCCAAAGAAGUCACCUCAUGCCAUACGGGAGCCACCCACAAAAUAAAAGAUUACAUAAAUUGUAAUUCCAAAUAUGUGGUGUAUGUGGCUACCUGUUUGGCAUGCUGUGUUCAAUAUGUGGGUUGUACAUCUAACUCCCUAAAGACCAGGUUUAGGAAGCAUGUCUCAGACAUAGAUAAUAAUUCGGUUGGUGUAUCUAUGUUAACUAGGCAUUUCAGGGACAACCAUGCCGGGGACCCCAAACAUUUGAGAGUUGCAGGCAUGGAGAAGGUCCGGUUAGGCCCUAGGGGUGGAGACCUCACAAGAAAACUGUACAAUAGGGAAACAUAUUGGAUGUUCCUAUUGGAAACCAGACAGCCAAAGGGACUUAAUAAGAGGCUAGACUUAGUUGUUACGUGUUCGUAGCCUCUAUAGGAUAUUAAACUAUUCAUUUAUCUUGAAAAAAUUGUUAUCUCCUUUUCAUUUCUCAGAGUAUACAAUUAUGAAUAUGUUAUUUUAUAUAUCCCUGUUCCCAUUGUCCAAUAUGGCUCAUAUUGUUCAUUAUGUGUAUUCUAACAGUCCUGUAAUCUCUUUAUUUAUUUACCUUUUAGAUAAAUCAGGAAGAAUUUACAUAUUCUGUAAAGUGGAGAAGCGAAGGUCGUCUCUGAAGUUUUUGGGUGGUUACCCUCAGCAACACUCAAAGUAAAAUUAAUAUGCAAUAUACUAUAAAUCUCCCAGUGCGAUUGCUUUAUAUAUUUCUAGAUCAAAAACGUUCUUGAGGAGGUGAUUCAUAAUUUUAGCAACUUGGACACUGGAAUAUGAAGACACACGGAAAGCUAUGGAUAUGGAUCUCAGGUAGCCACCCACUAAGACAUGGAGACCAUCAUUCACUCCUCCACUGUCCAGGUUUUAUGCAAUGCCUUGUAUCGGACCAAUGAUGUAACGGGUCAUGUGACCCUUCUUACUUGUAUUUUAAACUGUGUGUUAAUAAGCACGAAUAAGCACGCUCUGUGCG